CCAUUAUUCCUCGUUAGUCGUUAGUCCGUCGGCCGGUGUACGAGUGUGUUGGUGUUCGUUCGAUCAGCGUGCGUUCGUGUGCGUGCUUACCGUCUUGUGGUGUCUUUUGUGUUCUUCGGUGUGCGUGUGCUGUAUGUGAACGAAUUCACGCAUUGCUUCGCGUUACGUUGUAAUCUAAAUAACACCGCCGUCGCCAAAGAUUCACGGUUUUGCCGUUGAAUUUAGCUGGGAGCAGUUUUAUAUGUAAGCAGUGGAUGACAUUCCAUCCGCCCGUACACUUCACUGCCAAAUGGACUUACCGUCUCCCUUCGCCGCUGUAUUUCACUCGUAUGGACUGUGAUGAUAGGUUUAGAAGGCACUAGAAAUGGCUCUAGUGCGGCCCGGCAGCAUGCAGUACAAGCAAUGGACUACUACAAUAGCAAUUUAUUGCGAGCAAGGACUGGUGCCGGACUGUCAUCAUCAUCCCGACAAAGGUCCGCCCAAGAUCCACUUUAUCGUAGUAAUUCCAGCCUCGAACUCACACACUCAGAUUAUCACCAUUUCGGAGGUAGUACACAAUAUAUAGAAUCCCGUAUCAACGAACGUCCAAUGAUUAGUCCCAUGUUAAAAAGAGAAUAUGGUAGCCAUGGAUCCAUUGAUGUAAUUGGUUCCGAUCGUAAUUCAAAUGGUUGUACGUCAAAUGGCGAAAAUUUCUUUGCUAUGCUUCAAGACUAUCGUCCAACUGUUUUAGACAUGAUUGAUGGUAAUAAUCGUGAGUUUGGGUAUCGAGAAAUGCCAGUUGAUACUCCACCUGAUGACCAGAUCUCCGCACCAACCAAUCUAGAUAAAACAGUGGCCCAUGGAAAUUCCAGUCCAAAGCUUAGAUUAAAAUUUCAUAAAUUUUGGGGAGCAAAUAAUAAGUUUUCCAGAACGACUGAAGACGCCACUCUUUCACCUCCCAGUUGUAGUAUGGGUACAACAAGUAAUGAAUUUGUUUCUGAUGAUCGACAGAAACGUAGAGGAUUCGCUCAUUAUGAUGUCCAAUCACUGACAGCUACUGUAGGGUUAGCGUCCAAGCUCCAAAACAUGUUAUCAAAGAGAAGGAACACUGCUACAGGUGCGUCAGCGGCUUCUAUGUUAGCUGCUCGAUCAUCCACCCCAGAGAGUGGCAAAGAUGACCUUGGUGAUGGAAAACACAACAAUUUAUUAGACAGUUGUCCUUUUUUCCGAAAUGAGCUCGGCGGUGAAGGUGAAAGAGAAGUUAGUCUCACCCAAAGAACCCAGGCUGGGCAAGUUUCAACUUUUAAUAAUGGCAAAUUGUAUCAUAGGCCUCGUAUGGCUUACGGAAUAUCUGUUCUUGAAUUUUCACCUGGAGAAACCCAUUGGACUGAAGGAAUUUGCCCGGAAACCUAUUCCAGAUUAAUAGAGACUACUGAUGAAGGAGAUUUAUACUAUCGAAAAUAUUUUUUUGGACAAGAACAUCAAAAUUGGUUUGGAAUGGAUGAGACUUUGGGGCCAGUAGCUAUUAGUUUAAAGCGAGAAAGAGUAGAAACAGAACAAUCGGCUAAUGGAUGUAGUUCAAGUCCAUCAAUCCUUUUUAGAUAUAGAAUUAUAAUCAGGACUAGUGAGUUACAAACACUUCGUGGUUCUAUUCUCGAAGAUGCUAUUCCUAACAUUAAACUAUCCAACAGUUCAAAGCAUAUCAACACAAAAGACGUGCUUGAAUAUAUAGUUCCAGAGAUACCACUUUCAUGUUUAAGGAUGGGUACAGCAACUAGCAGAGUUGAAGAACUUUUAUUAGGCCUUGAUGAACAGGGUAUUUCCCAUACUUAUAAAGUUGGAGUUAUGUACUGUCGUGCCGGUCAAAAAACAGAAGAACAUAUGUACAACAAUGAAGAAGCUGGCCUAGCUUUCUACCAAUUUAUGGACAGUAUUGCUCAACGAGUGCGUCUGAAAGGUUUUAACAAAUAUAGAGCGGGAUUGGACAACAAGACUGAUUCUACUGGACUUUAUUCUUUCUAUAGUCAAUAUCAAAAUCGUGAAAUUAUGUUUCAUGUAUCAACGAUGUUACCCUUCACUCCAAACAAUAGACAGCAGCUUCUACGAAAGAGGCAUAUCGGAAAUGAUAUUGUUACAAUUGUGUUUCAAGAGCCUGGUGCUCAGCCGUUUUCGCCGAAGAAUAUUCGCUCCCAAUUCCAGCAUGUAUUUAUUGUUGUUAAAGUAAUCAAUCCAUGUACUGAAAACACACAGUACAGUAUUGCGGUUACUCGAUCAAAAGAAGUUGAAAUGUUUGGACCUCCAAUUCCUGCAGAAGCUGUGUUUAAAAAAUCCAAAGCUUUUAGUGACUUCUUAUUAGCUAAAAUUAUUAAUGCUGAAAAUGCCGCUCAUAGAUCUGAAAAAUUUGCUACAAUGGCUACUCGCACAAGACAAGAGUACCUCAAAGAUUUAACAUUAAGUCAUUCCACAAACACCACCAUUGAACCCGUACAAAAAUUCUCUAUGCUGUCGUUUAGUAGUAAAAAGAAAGAAAGAUGGCGUCCAAGGUUUCAACCUGAUGCAUCACAAAGGGGUGCUAUUUGUUGGCAAGUAGUAUUGGAAGAAGGAAAUGGAGGCAUUGGCGGCCACUGCCUUUUAGCUAUAUCAUCAGAUUCUAUGAUUUUGAUUGAAGAGCACAAUCAUGAUGUAUUGUUAGUGAUACCUUGCAAAUCUAUAUUGGGUUGGACGACACAAACUAAUAGUUUACGAAUUUAUUACCACGAGGGAGAGUGCGUUACAUUGCAUAUGCACGAAGGCUGUAGUGAUGGUGAUCGUGAUGAGUUAAUGGAAGUCAUAGUCAGAUUACGCGCAGUUACUCAGGGUACUGUCGCACAAGAACUGUCAUUACAUCGUAAUUCUUUAGGUCAGCUUGGUUUUCAUGUUCAGCCUGAUGGCUUGGUAACUCAAGUCGAAAAAUCUGGUCUUGCGUGGGAAGCUGGCCUUAGACAAAAUUCCAGACUCAUAGAGAUUUGCAAAGUAGCAGUAGCGACUCUUACUCACGAUCAAAUGGUGGACCUUUUAAAGACUAGUGUUCUUGUCACAGUUACCGUAAUUCCUCCUCUCCAAGACGGUUCACCACGAAAGGGCUGCCACAUUCAAAAUUGUUCUUAUCGAGUCGAUAAUAAUAGUUCACCUAAAGGUUACGAAAGCGAAUAUGAAAAUGUAUCCGGUAUUUCAGCUGUUAAAAGUCCUAGAAAACAAACUGCUUUGCAACAACCAGUAACUGGAAAUCAUCGUAAAAUGUAUGAGCGUAGUUUAUCUCCACCUCGAUCCAGUAAUAGUUCAGGUUAUGGUACCAUGGGUAGUAAUAAGUCAUAUACAACACCGUUGGAUCCUCGAUUUCCACAAAACCCAGAGGGUACAUUAACGAGUUCGUCGAGUGGUCAUUCUUCAGAUGAUCGUUGGUAUGAUUUAUUGGAGGUGCCAUUAGAAGACCCCCCUCCUGUUCCUUCACGGUUAACACCGACUCAUUCAAACAAAAAUCAUUCAAAAAUACACGCAAGCAAUUCGUUACCUUUAUCUACUCUAAACAACUCAUUUUCUGUGUACUCAGACCCUCGUAAUAGUAAUAAUGUUACUCAACAGUAUGAUUAUGUUAAUAAAACUCCUGAGCAUAACCAUGAUGUGCAUAGACAAUUUGAAGAAAGAUCAGAACCCAGAAGAUCAACCAAACGAUUAGUGAAAGCAUCAAGUGGCCAAGAUUUAGAAAAAAUUAAUGGUUUAGUUGAUUGUAGUAGUUUUAAAAAGAACUUAAGUAAUGGAAAUAUACCAGAAACUUUGAAUGACAGAAUUUUAGCUGCUAGCGAAGAUGAUGUAUCAACUAUUGGGAGUAGCAGUACCGGAUCACCACAUAGUCAUCGUAAACAUUUAAAAAAUAACUGUAGUCGUAAUCAAAGCCCUCGUUCAGGAUUAGAUCGGGGAGAACCUCGUUUGAGACCUGGUGUUUCCGGACGUAAUUCCAAUGCUAGUAGUCGUUUAAGUGGUAAUAUGAGUACACUACAAGAAGAUUUGAUGAAAUUAAUUGAUCCUGAUUAUAAUUUAGACUCUUCUUUCAUGGAUACCAAUUCACCAAAUAAACACGUAUCCAGGGAAAAUGUUUCAAAUGUCGAACAAGGCCAAGUCAUUCUAACUAAAGCCCGUCCAGCUACUGUAAUAUCUAGUGCACCAAGCCCAGCUUUAAGUGAAAUGAAGCCACUAAAACAAGUAGAGAGUGUUGCUGAUUUACCACUCCCUGACACCCCUAUUGAUCGAAUGAAUUGGAAAAUUCUUGUUGAUACUGCUACUGAAGCAUUACGUAAAGUAUCAGCAGGAGGGCAAGUAGUUAAAUCGGAUACUAAUAAUGAAGAGAGUGAUCAUAGUUGGAAAAACAUGAAUGGGUUGAUUACAAAUUCCACAAACACCAAUAAAACUAAUAUGAGCCCAGAGGAUUUGGAAAUGAUGUUACGUAAUGAAAUGGAAAUGCGCAUGGAACUUCAAAAUGAGGUAAAACAUUUGAGAGAAGAAAAUCGUCGGUUACAAGACGAGUCACAUAGUGCAGCGCAACAGCUUAAACAUUUCACCCAUUGGUUCUUUCAAAACAUCGACAAACAUCCUGAACAAUAAAUACACGAUGUAUUUAAUUUAUAGUUUUUUAUACAAUUUGUUUUUUUUUAUGCAUAUUAUAAUGUGCUCAAUACUGCCAUUGAGUCGCAGUUAUUACUCAUUGUUAACUUUUUGUAAAA